UUUGCGUCACAGACGGGCAUGUCUCUCCGCCACAGCCUCACUUUGGGCAUUGUACCCUCAGCCCAGGACCAAAUGAGGAUGAAAUUGAUGCAGAUCCUCAGAUUGAAGUGCCACCCCGUGUUCUUGGACCUAAAAACAAAUUUGGUAGCAGCAGUCUACAAAAACAUCUACGAAUUGGUUUUCCUCCAGGCACUCAGAUUCCAUGUGUUUGCCCGGAGUUUACCCUUUGGCCAAAGGGUCGCAAAGAUCCCUUUCAACUUUGGCAAGCGCAGUCUGGAGCGCCGUCUGGGAGAUUUGCAACUGGCCAGGGUGAGACAGGCGGCCAACCCUUCAAGAACCGUUCACGAUCUGGCCAUUAUGACUGAUGAGACCCUCAACGCCUGCAUGAAGCUCAACCUCACCACAUAUCAACCGGACUACAAAGCCGCCAAAAAGGUUCCCGGCCCCUGA